UUGGGUGUGGGGCGGCUCCGGGGCCGGGGAUGGCGGCGGCCGCCGUUGCGGCGGCUCCGGGACCAGCGGGAGGAGCCCGGGGAGCGCCGUGAGAUGGGCCGGCUCCCAAGCCAGUGGGGAGGACACUGCUUCUUAUUACAGCUGCUCAGAAGCACCACUGGGAGCUCAGCAGAUGUGGGCGCCCCAGCCAGCAGCAGAGAGGGGUGCAGGGGAGCCACAAAGAAGCCCCUUCUGAUGCCCCAAGGAGCAAGCCGACCCCUUCCAGGCUCCAGGAACACCACAAAGCAAUAUGAAACCUGUUCAUGAGAGGAGUCAGGAAUGCCUUCCACCAAAGAAACGAGACCUCCCCGUGACCAGCGAGGAUAUGGGGAGAACUACCAGCUGCUCAACUAACCACACACCCUCCAGUGAUGCCUCUGAAUGGUCCCGAGGGGUGGUGGUGGCCGGGCAGAGCCAGGCAGGAGCUAGAGUCAGCCUGGGGGGUGAUGGAGCUGAGGCCAUCGCCGGUCUGACGGUGGACCAGUAUGGCAUGCUGUAUAAGGUGGCUGUGCCACCUGCCACCUUCUCCCCAACUGGCCUCCCGUCGGUGGUGAACAUGAGCCCCUUGCCCCCCACAUUUAAUGUAGCGUCUUCACUGAUUCAACAUCCAGGAAUCCACUAUCCCCCAAUCCACUAUGCUCAGCUCCCGUCCACCUCUCUGCAGUUUAUCGGGUCUCCUUAUAGCCUUCCCUAUGCUGUGCCACCUAAUUUCCUACCGAGUCCCCUCCUUUCUCCUUCUGCCAACCUUGCCACCUCUCACCUUCCACACUUUGUGCCAUAUGCCUCACUCCUGGCAGAAGGAGCCACUCCUCCCCCCCAGGCUUCAUCCCCGGCCCGUUCAUUCAACAAAGCCCCCUCUGCCACCUCCCCACCUGGGCAGUUGCCACAUCACUCGAGUACUCAGCCACUGGACCUCGCUCCAGGCCGGAUGCCCAUUUAUUAUCAGAUGUCCAGGCUACCUGCUGGGUACACCAUGCAUGAAACCCCUCCAGCAGGUGCCAGCCCAGUUCUUACCCCUCAGGAGGGCCAGUCUGCUCUGGAAGCAGCCGCUGCCAAUGGACAGAGACAACGAGAGCGAAAUUUAGUGAGACGGGAAAGCGAAGCCCUCGACUCCCCCAACAGCAAGGGUGAGGGCCAGGGACUGGUGCCAGUGGUAGAAUGUGUGGUGGAUGGACAGUUGUUUUCAGGUUCUCAGACUGCGCGGGUAGAGGUGGCGGUGCCAGCACACCGAGGGACCCCAGACACCGACCUCGAGGUCCAGCGGGUGGUUGGUGCUUUAGCUUCUCAGGACUAUCGUGUGGCGGCAGCUCAGAGGAAGGGUGAGCCCAGCCCCCUCAACCUGUCCCAUCAUAACCCCGACCAUCAGGGUGAGGGGCGAGGGUCAGCCAGGAACGCAGCAGAGAUGGCCGAGAAAAAUCAGGCCCGAGGGUUCUACCCUCAAUCCCAUCAGGAGCCCCUGAAACACAGACCUUUACCCAAAGCAAUGGUUGUAGCCAAUGGCAACCUGGUGCCCACUGGAACUGACCCAGGCCUGCUACCCAUGGGCUCGGAGAUCCUGGUGGCGUCAAGUUUGGACAUGCAGGCCAGAGCCGCCUUCCCAGACAAGGAGUCAACGCCACCCCCCUUUACCUCUUCCCACUUGCCCUCCCAUUUCAUGAAAGGCGCCAUCAUCCAGCUGGCUACAGGGGAGCUGAAGCGGGUGGAGGACCUCCAGACCCAGGAUUUUGUGCGCAGUGCCGAAGUGAGCGGGGGGCUGAAGAUUGACUCUAGCACAGUCGUGGACAUUCAGGAGAGCCAGUGGCCUGGAUUUGUCACGCUGCAUUUCGUGGUGGGUGAGCAGCAGAGCAAAGUGAGCAUCGAGGUGCCCCCCGAGCACCCCUUCUUUGUAUAUGGCCAGGGUUGGUCCUCCUGCAGCCCUGGGCGGACUGCACAGCUCUUCUCUCUGCCCUGCCAUCGGCUACAGGUGGGAGAUGUCUGCAUCUCUAUCAGUUUACAGAGCUUGAACAGUCACUCAGUUUCUCAGGCCAGCUGUGCUCCCCCAGGCCAGCUGGCUCCUCCCCGAGAAAGGCCUGAGAGGACAGUCUUGGGACCCCGAGAGCAAUGUGACAGUGAUGGGAAAAGCCAGCCGUUAGGCGAGGGCUCCCGAAUGGUAGAGCCCUUGCAGCCAGAGCCUGGUGCUCAGGCCUGCUGGCCAGCCCCGAGCUUCCAAAGAUACGGCAUGCAAGGGGAGGAGGCACGGGCUGCGCUGCUCCGUCCCUCUUUCAUUCCACAGGAGGUAAAGCUGUCCAUUGAAGGGCGUUCCAAUGCAGGAAAAUGAACCUCUCCCAGACCCGGACUGGGAUGCUACCCCAGAGCUGGGCCUCACCGUGAGCAAGCAGAGGAUUUGCACAUGCCGAGCAGGGGAUGGCUCUCUUGGCAGUGAGGUUAGUGGGGAAGAGAAGGCGUGAAGGCAGCCUCCCAAGGCAGGGUCUGUUGCCCAUUACCCCGUGGCAUCUUUUCAGAACAGCCCCAGAGGGUGCUGUGAUGGGGAGCAGCGGGCCCGGGCCAAGGAAGGAAGGGGGUGCACGCAGGAUAAGAAACAUUCCAAAUAUCAGGGCCUCCCUGUUCUUUCCUCCUCAUCCCUAGCUCCUGCAAGGAGAGAGUCAGGCUUUGGGAGCAGGUGCAGAGGGAGGGAGCAAAGAAAGAGCCAAAAAUGAUGAUCCACAGCUUAUAGUAGCAGUUCAGCUAUCUGAAGUUUGUUUGUUUUUUUUUUUUUCCUUCCUUUUUUGUGAUGGGAGGGCAGGAGGCCCCAUGCUUGGAAAUAAGAGGGUUCCCACCCAGAACUCUUCUUUUGAGAGCUGUGCACUUUAAAGGGUAGUUUUGUUACGGAUGUCUAAGGCUGGGUGUGCAGGGGACUCUGCUUCAUCCUCUGCUUCAGCCCUUUCCCAUCUCUCCCCAUCAUUCCUCCCACAAGGCUUCUAGCAUUAGGAGAGAGAAGCCGCUCCAGGGUUCAGAGUGAAGUACUGCCUUGGCGGGGACCCAGUCACGGGACUUUGGGAGAAAGACCUGAUGGCCAGACUGACCGGGCUCUAGGCAGGGCUUCUGGAAAGGUAGCUGACCUAACAAGGCUCCUCCUACUCAGCAUGCCAGACCCACUUUGAAACUGUACUGAAUCUCUAGUUGGUAAUGGUGACUUUUGAAAGAACCAGUGGACCCUUUUCCCUAGGCCCCUACACCCGGUCCUCUGUCUGUCUAUGUUGUGCCUAAGUGCCUGCACUGCCCCCACCCUUCUGCUGACCUAACCUGUCUGCAUGGUGUCUUGACCUGGGCCUAUUUGUAGCUGCACUGCCUUUCCCCUUCUGCAAAACUGGUUUUGCCCACUCUGACCAAGACCUCUAGUUUUUGGUGUGUAGGGGUCUCUCUGGUUUCCCUUUCAGUUCUAUUCUCUAUUUUUAAAAACUCAGAAUCAUGUCCUCUCCUCUUCUGCAGCUGAACCAGUUGGUGGAGAAACGAAUGGAACUAUGCCCCGGGGUGGGACCAGUACAGCUAGCUGGGCAGUGCCCAUCCUUGCGUUUUUACAGAGUCCCUCCCAUCUUACUCCACUCCUUCUCCCAGCAUUCAGGCUUCUCCAGGCUGUCACCUCCCAUAGCCAGCUCUAAGGUUUUGGGAUACUCUUUUUUUUUUUUUUAAUUUUGGCCACACCAUGUGGCAUGUGGGAUCUUAGUUCCCCGACCAGGGACUGAACCUGGGCCCUCAGCAGUGAGAGCGCAGAGUCCUAACCACUGGACCACCAGGGAAGUCCCUGGAAUAGUCUUGGUAAUGUUUCAAUACCUGAAAAGUCUCCUAGACUCCAUUUCACGGUGGCGUAUUCCUCUGCAAAGAGUAUUUUCAGUCUUAGUUGCAUUUGCCCCCUGUGUCUUAAACUCACUUUUUCUUCACGACUUUGAGCAUCACCUUGGACUGUGGGAUUCCAGUGGGUGUUGAGAAUUAGGCUUCUCCCAUCAGCUUUCAGGUGGGUGGGUGGGUUUUUUGUUUGUUUUUUCGGGGUCUUUAGACUCUUGAACAACUCAGGGUAUUGUCCACUCAGCUCUUUUAUGAGGCUUCUCCUGGGGUAUGACCCUGGCAUUUCCUUUCAAGACGGACUGGCCAAGGCCUAGCCUGUUGUCAGGAGUCCCAAACCUCUGAGGUCUGAUCUCUGCUCUGUCAGAGACUUUAGGCAAGUCUUGUGACCUCUCGCUUCUUCACUUCCUCCCCAGCUGCCAAAUGGGGAUGAAUAAUCUUACCUACCUCCUGGGGGGAGGGGGAGUUCUGAGAAUGGAGUCCUUCUUAGUGUUCAGGUGCUAAAGGUUGUUCUCCUGGGGGAACAAAGUGACUGAGACUGGCUUGUUCGCUGCAAGCCCUACACUCCACUGUUUCAUUCCUUGAGAGCAGUUACCUGGUCAGUCAGCUUUUGGAGGCCCGUCCAGAGGAAGCUGCUGACCUGACCACAAGUAAGUAAGUCUCCAGUUCACCUCAGAACCAAAUACCAACCGUGUCUGGUGAACACUCAACCUUGUACACAUUUGGGAUCAUGUCUUUUCCCUUCUCUGUCCCCUUUCUCUCUGAAUGCUGCUUUCUCUGGCUUGUUUCCCACAGUUGGGGGCCUGUGGGGCUGAGUCUCGAGGAAUCCUCUCAGAGGACGGCCCUCGGAGAAGGCCUUGUUUCCGGCUGUCCCAUGAGCAACUCAUUCCUAGUUUCUCAUGCACGGGUUUCUCAGAAACAUCCUUCCUCAUUAGGAAGGCUCAUCAACUGAAUAUAGCGACAGGCACACAGUGGACACUAAAGAAAUAUCCACCAAGGGUACCAACCGAGCUUCCUCCUUAGGGGAACAAACCUAUAUCUAACCAGAUACAGGCCAAGUAGUUUAAAUACAAGAAACCCUCACUGCCCAGCCUGGUAACUUCCCCUUAAUCCUGGAAAGAGAAAACCUUGUGCACCUUGGCAAGUUGGGCCCUGAACUUCCUGCUGCUGUUCCUCUUCUGUCUCUUGCCGGUGAAGCAGCACCGGCACCUCCUCUGACACUGUGCCCUGCAUGUGUGAUCUAUUAAUACAUGAUUUUGUUGGGCUGCAGAGGUGUCUUUUGUAAAGUAUAGUCUCCCAGGGAAAAAGCUCUGUGCUCUAAAUCUUGGUCAGAGCUGAGGCAUUCCCCUUACCUUUUCCCUCUGUUUCAGCCUUUUCUUCCAGGCAUGAGGAAUGAGAGUAACCUGUGGUGUGUCCAUUCUUCCUUUUAAAGAUUUCGUAAGUCUUUUAAGAGACCUAAGAGCAGUUUUGAGACAGCAUUUUGGUGGGAAGCUGUCAGCUUUUGGGGGAACGGGCAGUUAAAGAAGGCCAAUGUCAUGAGUAGGACAGUCCCAGAUCUUAGGGGUAGAAAGGAAGAUGGCUAACUCUGGCAUUAAACAAGAGAUGCUGGGGCUUCCCUGGUGGCGCAGUGGGUGAGAGUCCACCUGCCGAUGCAGGGGACACGGGUUCGUGCCCCAUGUGGGAAGAUCCCACAUGCCGCGGAGCGGCUGGGCACGUGAGCCAUGGCCGCUGAGCCCACGCAUCUGGAGCCUGUGCUCCGCAACGGGAGAGGCCACAACAGUGAGAGGCCCGCGUACCGCAAGAAAAAAAAACAAAAAAAACAAAAAAAAAAAAACCAAUGCCUAUACCAGUUGGGGAGUAGGGGAACCAGGUGAAGGAUGGUAAUACAUCCAAGUCUUGGAUCAUCAUUCCUAUCAAGAUUAGUGUACACAGAGGAGGGGGAGUGGCAUGGGGGAAGGGGAGACUGGGAGGUCAGAGCUGAGCACUUGUACCCAAGGGGGAGGGACCCCUGGACUGACCCUUCUACACUCUUGGUCCCAGUUGGUCAUAACACCAAGGGCUUUGGUCUGUGCUGCUUUGCCACUGCUGCUGUCUACUCACUGUCCUGCUUGCUGCCCUUUAUAGCUCUCUGUCUUUCUGUGUCUUUGGCCAUAUAGGUGAAAUCCAGGCAUCCUGUCCAUCCUUACAUGUGCAAGGGUUACUUUAUAACAAAGUCAUCUUGAGUAGGGAUAGUAUGAAAUGCUGCUGGUGGGCUGGUGAAUCCAAAGGGAUAUGGCUUCAGUGCUUGUUGGGAGCCCUUUGGCUCCAAAUAUCUGACUCUCUUGAGGGAGAGACAAGCAGGUCCUAUAAGUGGGUGUUUUCUUUGUAUUAACUUCUUUCCUUUAUGAUAUCUUGUGUCCUGUUUUAAAAAUUAAAUGAUGGGGAACCAGAUUAGGGCCUGUGUCAGCAUCCCAGGGAGGUUCAUCUGGCUCCAGUUAAAUGGAUUCUGGGGUUGGGGGAGCGUUUGAAGUUUGAAAUAGACCCUCGGGUGGGGUUUAGUUUUAUUUUUACCACUGGGCGCCAUAGAAGAUGCACAGGGUGGUGGUAUGAUUUAAACCUGCAACAAGCAGGCAUGUUGAAGAGUUGAGUGAUCACACUGGAGAUAAAGGGUGGACGUGGGUUCACUGGGCAAGGGCUUGGGUCCAUUGGAGUAAAGAUAACCAGAUUGGUUGAAUUGGCCAUGGGAGAUUAAGUCACAGUCUUAAAAGCAAAGCAAAUAGGGCAGAGGCCAAGUUUUAGGGAGACUUCUUGGCCUCCUAGGGCUAAGUUUACUAAACCACACUGAAGCUACAAUACUUUCCAGAUGGGAAAAAGUGUACACUACAGUUGAAGAGCUGAAUCGCGUUAGGUUGGAUGUUGACCAGGAACCUGUUAGCCCUUUGCCGGGAAGCCUUCACCCUCCAGCAUCCCUGGGAGAGGGAAGGCCUCCCACAUUAUGCAAUAAUAAAAUAAGCAUCUGGGUCCUUGCAGCUGUCAGUUGCUCUUUCAACUCUAGGAUCCAUCUUUGGGCCAGAAUCCUGGUCUGGGCCUAGGAUGACACUGGCCCUUGAGAUGCUAGAGUUGACUGCACUCUCUCCUUACCUGCAGACUAUGCACAGUGCCUGGGGCGGAAGGAGGAGAGGUGGUGCGGUUUACCCUGCUGAGCCUCCCCAGCAGGAACAGUAGUAAUAAAUGCACUUUUCACACUAAGGUUUCUUUAUUCGUUCUCCUGUUAAGCCUAGAUCCUCCCCUGGUAGACUGCAAAUUCAAAGUCUGUGUGAUCCCCCAAGCCAUUCUGCUGCAAAUGCUCAGCAGUGAAGAUGGCCUCAAACUGGGUUCCUGUCUACAGUGUGUGUGGCGGCAGCCCAUGUGCCUUUACCUAUUGUCAAACUUUCAAGCAUUUAUUUCUGUCUUUAUGACUGUCAUGGGGACUGAGGUUCUUCAGAGAGAGAGAGCGCGCGAGUGUGAGCAAGCUGAUGACACAGUGGUUUUACACCCACUCCCCAGACAGGGAGUAUGCACAUGGUUGUGAGCUGUGAGUGGUUAGUGCAUUGCUGAUGUUGCUGAAGGCAGGGUUCAUCCCUCAUUGCGUGACACUCGCAUUCAAGAGAAGCUUGUGUCGGGGAAGAGACUCGUGGCAAACUUGAAGUAUUAAAAAUAAGGCUGUCCCCCUACAACCUUCCUAGUCACACACAGGAUCCCUGUAGCCAAAACAGUAUAUGUUCCAGCUGCAGAGAGCAGACUGCUCUCAGCUUGCACAGCACCUUAGGGGAGGGAAGAAUAUAUGGAUAGGGAAUGGGGUGGAGAAAGGAUGGAAAUGUUGUCAUCCAGGUGGCUUUAGGGUCCUCAGGAGUAGUAGAGAAGGACGGCACUGGGGAGGUCUGAUGGAUGGAUCUGAUUUGUGUAGGAGUUCCCUGUAGAUAAAUUACUGAUCCCCCAACUACUAUCCCCAGUAUGUAAUGGCUAAAUUAAUAUGUAAUCAACUGCAUUGUAUCUAAAGCCUUAGAACUAGUCAGGUGCUCCCCCCACCCGAUACCAUUUCUUACCCUCUAAUCCUACCUGAUCUUUAACAAAGCAUUAAUAAUUCUAAGGAUAAUCUCUAUUUUGUUGUGCUUUUUUGUAACUGUUUUAAAUAAAUCAAUUUGUACUGUAUAUUUGUACUUUUGUGAGAUCCUUUUUGCUGUUUUACCAUUUUAAGUCUCUGUACUUGGCUACACACAGAUUGUAUUUUUAUUGUUAAUGCUCUUCUUAUGGAUACCUGCAUUUAACUUGUGGACUAUGUA